AUAAUCCCAGCAGCAGCAGCAGUAGCAGCAGCAUAUUUGAUUCUGCUUUCAGUGCAGCACCGAGGACUGAAGGAGAGCAAGAUGAAGAGAAGCCACAACUACAGCUCUUCAGACAGCGACCUGGACGACAGCGUUGAGGUGGAGAAAGACAGUGGUGACGAAAAUGGACUUAUUGAUUCUCACAGCCCCAUGUCACCCCCCACAACCACCCAAGUUCAGGCCAGAAAGAGGCGCAGAGGGAUUAUUGAGAAACGGAGACGUGACCGAAUCAACAACAGUCUUUCAGAACUGAGGCGAUUGGUGCCAAGUGCCUUUGAGAAACAGGGAUCAGCUAAACUGGAAAAGGCCGAAAUAUUACAGAUGACAGUGGACCAUUUGAAAAUGCUCCAUGCGUCUGGUGGCAAAGGUUACUUUGAGGCUCAUGCUCUCGCUAAGGAUUAUCGCAGCCUGGGCUUCAGGGAGUGUCUGGCAGAGACGGCACGAUACCUGAGCAUCAUCGAGGGUCGGGACAGUUCAGACCCCCUUCGUGUACGUUUGGUGUCCCACCUCAGCAACUGCGCUUCUCAGAGGGAAGUGCACUCGGGACUGGAACACUUGGCCUGGGGCUCUGUCUACGGAACUGCCCCUACCCAACUACCCCACCCCCUCCUCCUACAACACCCCGCGGGCAGGACACCUGCACCCAGGAGCAACAGUAGCCCACCCUCCUCCUCGUCCUCCUCCCCUUCUUCCUCUACAUCCCCCUCAUCCUCCACUGAGGCGUCUGGGACACUCAGACUCAGUGUUUUGUCCCCCACAGAGACCCUCAGGGUUUCUCCCAACAGCUCGCUGCCCCUCACUUUGCCCGUGCCAACAUCCAAGCUUUCGCCACAUCUGCCCUCGUCCCUCUCCUCGCUCUCGGCCUUCCCCCUCUCCUUCAGUACUUUCCCUCUUGUCUCUGCGGCUGCCCUCAACACUUUGAGCCCCUCCUCCACUAUGUCAAAGCCUUACAGGCCUUGGGGCACGGAGAUUGGGGCCUUCUGAAGCUAACAACUGGACUGAAGGUGACAGCUGAGCUGUGCCCCCCGUGACAGACUUCUGUCAUCUGUUUUUAUGGUUAUGAAACUAAGAAAAGUGAUUCUAUUUUAUUAAGUAUAAAGAAUAGGUGGACGAGGAUGUACUGUCCUCUCAGUAUGUCACUGUUCCUGAUCGAGAAACUGAAUUAUAAAUGAUUUUUGUUCUUAGUUUAUUUGAUAACUAAUGUAGUUCAUAUGCACUGUCUGCAGGCUGAGGAUUGAUGUGAUGACGUAAUGUAUGGGCCAUACAUAGAUGUACUGUAAGCACAAAUCUAUAGGCAGGAUAGGAUUGUGUCGACCUGAUCGUGAAACUUCUACAUUUGCUAAGCACAGACGUCUGUAUUUAACACAAUGUAGAUUUACUUAAUUCAGACUGCUUCUCUGGCGACGUGAGAGCUUGUGGAAAUGAAUAUGCAUACUGUAUGUGCCUUUGUGGGCAAACUAACUACUUGAGAAUGGGAAAACACCCCUUCUUGUAUCUAUUUGUAAUGUUUUGGACCAAUAAAUUUAAAGGUAUCAA